CAGCAGCGACAGCUAUGGGACGGUAUUAUCCUGACCGAGAAUUUUUAAAAAGAAGAAUAGGAAAAUAAAUGCUGCGUCUACGGUGUAAACUAAAAAUGUUCGCUUUUUCUGUCUGGCAUAAAGAGCUUGAGGACCGAACUGGUCAGAUGGUGUGCCUCUACUGAAUACAGUGGAGGAAGGGGCGUUCGAAAGGGGGGCUUUAAGGUUUCUAUCUCCAAGUUUGCCACAGCUAUAGUCACUAUUAUAAAGUUCAAUUCUUUAUGGAAGGAGCAAUGUCUGUGGGUACGCAACCUGAUACGAGGAAGUUCACGCGGGGUCUGAACAAACCAGGAACCGCAGCAGAGUUGAGACAGAGCGUCUCUGAGGUUGUGAGGACGUCGGUGUUGAUGGUGAAGCCUAAGGUCAUCGAGCCGCUGGACUACGAGAGCGUUCUUCUGCAGAGGAAGACCCAGAUCAUCAGUGAUGUGCUACGGGACAUGCUCCAGUUCCCUCCGGAUGACUUCCAGAUGUCCACCCUCAGGCGUCAGGGUAGAACCACGUUCUCCACGGUGCCGGGGAGCGCUGAGAAGGAAGCCCGCAGUCUGUUCGUCCAGGAGUGUAUCAAGACAUACAAGUCGGACUGGCAUGUGGUCAAUUACAAAUAUGAGGAUUAUUCCGGAGAUUUCCGCCAGCUCCCAAAUAAGGUGUCCAGACCGGAGAAGCUCCCGGUCCAUCUGUUUGAGGUAGAUGAAGACAUGGAGAAAGAUGAGGACACAGCCUCCCUGGGCUCUCAGAAAGGAGGGGUCUCUAAACAUGGCUGGCUGUAUAAAGCCAACAUGAACAGCGCUAUUAGUGUCACAAUGAGAUCCUUCAAGAGGAGGUACUUCCACUUGGCCCAGCUUGGGGACGGUUCCUACAACCUCAACUUCUACAAGGAUGAGAAGACCUCUAAGGAGCCCAAAGGAACCAUCUUCCUAGACUCCUGCAUGGGGGUGGUCCAGAACAGCAAAGUGCGUCGGUUUGCUUUUGAGCUGAAGAUGCAGGACAAGAGCACGUACCUGCUGGCGUCAGACAGCGAGGGGGAGAUGGACGACUGGAUCUGCACCCUCAACAAGAUCCUCCACAGCAGCUUUGAACUGGCCAUGCAGGAGAAGAGGAAUGGAGACCUGCAUGACGAUGAUGAACUUUUAAAGACUGACCUGUCCACAGAAAGUUUUCAGGACAGUUUUCAGACCGCCAGAGAUAUUGAGUCCAAGAUGAGGAGUGAGACUCGCCUGAAGCUGUUCACUCUGGACCCAGACACACAGAAACUAGACUUCUCAGGGAUCGAGCCGGAUGUGAGGCAGUUUGAGGAGAAGUUUGGCAAGCGUGUGCUGGUGAACUGCAAUGACCUGUCCUUCAACCUCCAAAGCUGUGUUGCUGAAAACGACGAUGGGCCGACUACUAAUGUGGAGCCCUUCUACGUGGUCCUGUCUCUCUUCGACGUUCAGAACAGCAGGAAGAUCUCAGCAGACCUCCAUGUGGACCUCAAUCACCCUCUGGUCCGGCAGAUGACAUCUGGCUCUUGGUCAGGAGGGUCGGGGUCGGAUCAGCGCGUCAACGGAGGGGUAGAUGGACCGCUGGGGGGCGACAGACAGAUCAACGGGCUACCAGAGGGGGCGCUUCAGUACCCUAGGAAGGGGGUGUUUUCUGUGACGUGCCCCCAUCCUGAGAUCUUCCUUGUGGCCCGGAUAGAGAAGAUCCUACAGGGGGGGAUCACCCACUGUACUGAACCCUACAUGAAGAACACUGACUCCACCAAGGUGGCUCAUAAGGUGUUGAAGAAUGCUAGGGCAGCCUGUAGCCGACUGGGCCAGUACAGGAUGCCGUUCGCAUGGGCAGCCAGGCCUGUGUUCAAAGACGCAUCAGGGACUCUGGACAAAAGCGCUCGCUUCUCCACGCUCUACAGACAGGACAGCAGCAAGCUGUCAGACGAGGACAUGUUAAAACUGCUGACAGACUUCAGGAAACCAGAGAAGAUGGCCAAGCUUCCGGUGAUAUUAGGGAACUUAGACGUGACCAUAGACAACGUGGCUCCAGAUGUGACAAAUUGUGUCACUUCCUCCUACAUCCCUGUGAGGAACUUUGAGGGCAACGAGCCAGGCAGCGCUCUACUGGAAGUGGAGGAGUUUGUUCCGUGUAUCGCUAAGUGUUCCCAGCCCUUCACUAUCUACAACAACCACCUCUAUGUCUACCCCAAACACCUGAAAUACGACGGGCAGAAAGCCUUCGCUAAGGCAAGGAACAUUGCGGUUUGUGUUGAGUUCAAAGACUCAGACGAAGAGGACGCUCAGCCCAUAAAGUGUAUCUACGGCCGUCCAGGAGGACAGCUCAUCACCAAGCAGGCCUACGCUGCCGUCUUACACCACCAACAGAACCCAGAGUUCUACAACGAGAUUAAGAUGGAGCUGCCCACCCAGCUCCAUGAGAAGCACCACCUCCUCUUCACCUUCUACCACGUCAGCUGUGACAGCAACAGCAAGAAGAAGGACCUCGUGGAGACUCCAGUGGGGUCUGCGUGGUUGCCCCUGCUCAGGGAUGGCAGGGUCAUCAUGAACGAGCAGCAUCUACCUGUCGCUGCCAGCCUGCCCCCUGGGUACCUCGCCAGCCAGGAUGGCACUGUCAAGCACUCGGGUCCAGAGAUCAGAUGGGUGGAUGGAGGGAAGACCUUGUUUAAAGUAUCGACUCAUCUCGUCUCCACUGUUUACACCCAGGACCAACAUCUACACAACUUCUUCCACCACUGCCAGAGCAUGGAGAGUUCAGAACAGGCAUCUGAGGCAGAGCUGGUCAAGUACCUGAAGAGCCUUCAUGCCAUGGAGGGUCAUGUGAUGGUCAAUUUCCUGCCAACUAUUCUGAACCAGCUGUUUCGCGUUCUGACCAGAGCCAACCACGAGGACGUGGCGGUCAAUGUGACCAGGGUGAUGGUGCAUGUUGUAGCUCAGUGUCACGAGGAAGGCCUUGAACAUUAUCUGAGAUCCUAUGUUAAGUUUGUGUUUAAGCCUGAACCGUACAUGACCAGCAGUGUGAAGAUGGUCCAUGAGGAGCUAGCUAAAGCCAUGACAGCUAUACUCAAACCCUCCACUGACUUUCUCACAAGCAACAAGCUGCUCAAGUACUCGUGGUACUUCUUUGAAGCCUUAGUGAAGUCUAUGGCUCAGCACUUGAUUGAGAGUGGGAAGGUCAAGCUGUCUAGGAACCAGCGCUUCUCUGCAUCCUACCACCAUGCGGUGGAGACCCUGGUCAACAUGCUGAUGCCUCACAUCACCCAGAAAUACAAGGACAACCUGGACGCAGCCAGGAACGCCAACCACAGCCUGGCCGCGUUCAUCAAGCGCUGUUUCACCUUUAUGGACAGAGGCUUUGUCUUCAAGCAGAUUAAUAACUACAUCAACUGCUUCUUACCUGGAGACCCCAAGACGCUGUACGAGUUUAAGUUUGAGUUCCUGCGGGAGGUGUGUAACCAUGAGCACUACAUCCCUCUCAACCUGCCCAUGCCCUUCGGAAAAGGCAGGAUCCAGAGAUUUCAAGACCUGCAGCUGGACUACUCGCUGACUGAUGACUUCUGUCGAAACCACUUCCUGGUUGGGCUGCUGCUGAGGGAGGUGGGCGGAGCCUUGCAGGAGCUCCACGACAUCCGUCAGAUCGCUAUCCAGGUGCUGAAGAGCCUGAUGAUCAAACAUACCUUCGACGAACGCUACUCUGCCAAGAGUCAGCAGUCCAGACUGGCCACCCUUUACCUGCCUCUGUUUGGCCUGCUCCAAGACAACGUCUACAGGCUCAACGUCAAGGAGAGCUCCCCCUUUACAACCAACCACUCCAACAAUGGCAGAGAUGACUCUCUGAUCGGGGUGUCCAUGGCAUCUCCUCCAAGGCUGGGGGGUUGCCUGGACAACAGUCUACACAAGGAUGUGUUUGGGGUCAUAUCUGGCACAGCCUCUCCCCACACCUCCACCCACAACAUCAGCUCUGUGCACAAUGACUCACGAGGCUCCCUGGUCAGCACUGACUCUGGGAACAGCCUGCUGGACAAGAGCAGCGACAAGACCAACUCCCUGGAGAAGAACCAGUGUGCAUCUGCCCUGGGCAGCUCUCUCCUGCGCUGUGACAAACUGGACCGGGACGAGAUCAAGAACCUGCUCAUGUGCUUCCUGCACGUGCUGAAGAGCAUGUCAGAUGAUGCUUUGUUCACGUACUGGAAUAAAGCUUCACCGUCAGAGCUCAUGGACUUCUUCACACUGGUGGAAGUGUGUCUCCACCAGUUCAGGUACAUGGGGAAGAGAUUCAUUGCCAGGAGCCAGGAGGGGGCGGGCCCUGUCGUGCAGGACAGGAAGUCUCUGACUCUGCCUGUGUCUCGUAACAGGGCGGGAAUACUACACGCCCGCCUGCAGCAGCUGGGCUGUCUGGAGAGCUCACACACCUUUAACAACACAUACUCUCAAGCGGACACGGACGUGUGCAGCCAGUCCCUGCUGGAGGCCAGCGUCACCACGGAGGUGUGUCUGACUGUUCUGGACACGCUCAGCACCUUCAUCAAGGGCUUCAAGACCCAGCUGAGCUCUGACCUGGGCCACAACCCGCUGAUGAAGAAAGUGUUCCAGGUGCACCUGUGCUUCCUUCAGAUCCCCCAGUCAGAGGCAGCGCUCAAGCAGGUCUUCACCUCGCUGCGCACCUUCAUCUACAAGUUCCCAUGUACGUUCUUCGACGGCCGGGCUGACAUGUGUGCAUCUCUGUGCUAUGAGAUCCUGAAGUGCUGCAACUCCAAACUGAGCUCCAUCCGCAGUGACGCUGCCCACCUCCUCUACUUCCUCAUGAAGAGCAACUUUGACUACACGGGCCGCAAGUCCUUCGUCCGCACACACCUGCAGGUGGUGAUUGCCGUCAGUAAGCUAAUCGCCGAUGUCAUUGGCAUUGGAGGAACCCGCUUCCAGCAGUCUCUCUCCAUUAUCAACAACUGUGCCAACAGCGACAAGACCAUUAAACACACCGCGUUCCCUUCGGACGUGAAGGACCUCACCAAGCGGAUCCGGACGGUGCUGAUGGCCACGGAGCAGAUGAAGGAGCACGAGAAGGACCCGGAGAUGCUGGUGGACCUGCAGUACAGCCUGGCCAAGUCCUACGCCAGCACGCCCGAGCUGCGCAAGACCUGGCUGGACAGCAUGGCCCGCAUUCACAACAAGAACGGAGACCUGUCUGAGGCAGCUAUGUGCUAUGUCCAUGUAGCAGCUCUUGUGGCGGAGUAUCUAUGGAGGAAAAGUAUGUUUAGGCAGGGCUGUUCAUCAUUCCGCGUCAUCACACCCAACAUUGAUGAGGAGGCGGCCAUGAUGGAAGACGUAGGCAUGCAGGACGUGCACUUCAGUGAGGAGGUGCUGAUGGAGCUGCUGGAGGAGUGUGGUGAUGGCCUGUGGAAGGCUGAGCGCUACGAGCUCAUCUCUGACGUGUACAGGCUCGUCAUCCCCAUCUACGAGCAGCGGCGGGACUUCGAGAAACUGACCCACCUGUAUGACACACUGCACCGGGCCUACACCAAGGUGAUGGAGGUGAUGCACACUGGCAAGAGGCUGCUGGGAACCUACUUUAGAGUGGCCUUCUUUGGUCAGGGCUUCUUUGAGGAUGAGGAUGGUAAGGAGUACAUCUACAAGGAGCCCAAGUUCACGCCUCUCUCUGAGAUCUCCCAGAGGCUCCUCAAGCUCUACUGCGACAAGUUUGGUCAGGAGAAUGUGAAGAUGAUCCAGGACUCUGGCAGGGUGAACCCAAAGGACCUGGACUCUAAGUAUGCCUACAUCCAGGUGACCCAUGUGACCCCCCACCUGGAGGACAAAGAGCUGGAGGACAGGAAGACGGACUUUGAGAAGAGCCACAAUAUCCGUCGCUUCGUCUUUGAGACGCCCUUCACCGUGUCCGGGAAGAAGCAGGGUGGGGUGGAGGAACAGUGCAAACGCAGGACCGUCCUCACCACCACCCACUGUUUCCCCUACGUGAAGAAGCGGAUAGCGGUGAUGUACCAGCACCAGACGGACCUUAGCCCCAUCGAGGUGGCCAUCGACGAGAUGACCGCCAAGGUGUCCGAGCUGAGGCUGCUGUGCUCUGCCUCUGAGGUGGACAUGAUCCGCCUUCAGCUCAAACUGCAGGGCAGCAUCAGCGUCCAGGUGAAUGCAGGUCCCCUGGCCUACGCCAGAGCUUUUCUAGAUGACAGUGGAGAAAAGAAAUACCCCGACAACAAGGUCAAACAACUCAAGGAGGUGUUCAGGCAGUUUGUGGAUGCCUGUGGCCAGGCCCUGGGGGUGAAUGAGCAGCUCAUCAAGGAGGAUCAGCAGGAGUACCACGAUGAGAUGAAGGCUAACUACAGAGACCUGGCCAAAGAGUUGUCCAACAUCAUGCAUGAGCAGAUCAUCGCUGUUGAGUAUGGGUCGCGAAACACACUUUCUCAUUCGCUAGGCAUCUUCAACGCCAUCAGUGGCACGCCAACCAGCACCAACAUCCAGGGUGUCUCAAGCUCCGCCUCCAUGGUCUGACCUAUCAACCCGGAACCCUGCCACGCCCCAUUGUGUUCCCAUGGUGAUGGAGUGAAAAGAGAGAUACAAGGGACCUCAUCGCCUCCUACGAUCGAAUAAGUGAAGAGUUGACGAGUUGACGAGUUGUCAUAUAAAUAUAUCCCUGUGAUUGGUUCAGAUGAGUCUCUGUGAAGAGCUGGAUUACAAUAUUGACGAUACUCAGAUGACAGACGAGAGCCAAUGUGAUGGUCUCUAUAUACCAACCAACACAACUGGGAGAGACAUUUUAAAAUAUUUUCUAUGUUUCCUGUGGAGACCUCCUGCACCUAGUAACCCGAAGCAUCAAGAACAUGACAUAAAUACUAGUUGACAUCAAUCCUUCAGUACUCUUAAAGGUCUUAUAGGCCUUCUGUUCUCCACCUUUGUAUUUUCUAUGACAACUGCUGUACAGUACUCAGUAUUCAACUCCCUGUAUGAUAGUUUUACAGUUUAAGAUGUGUGUUGGUUUUGGACAGUACUGACACUUAUAUCUAGUAAGGGGUAUCUUUUCAUGCCCCUUAUGUAUUCAAGCUUGUAGAAGGGCUUGAUGGUUCUUUUUAUGUAGCAACAUUUUUUCAUAACAAUUCCUGUGAAUAUACCUACUGUAUAGACCAUUUAUGUAAAGUCAAAUAUAAGUAUAGAAUACAUUUAGAGCUAAGGCAAUUGUAAUGUCCCUACCUGUUUCUGCCUAGAAAAGAGCGCAAUAUCCUCUACCCUGUCAGAACCUUUACUUCACAUGACCACUCCUGCCAAAGCAACCACUUGUACUGUGUAUGACUAUGCUAUAGACAAGGAUUCUCUAAUACAGGUUUUACUUUUCUAUAUUAAUUUUGUCAAUCAUUGGGGAAGUGAAAUUGUAAAAACAAAUAUCAAAUUGCCUGUUUGAAAAAUGUAAAUAUUGUCUAUUGUUUUGCUUUUAAUUAAAGUUUACUUGAAAGUAGCAUGUGUGUGAAUAAAACUAGAUCAACUUUUUUGGGGGGGUUAAAGUAAGUUAACCCUAUGCUGUGUAGUGUAGAAGGGGGUUUAUAAAAGUUGUUCUCUAUUGAAUACCUCUUUCUUCCUCGUAGGUUUCCCAUUAUAAGGAAGCUGUCUGAGAUGUGCGCAACUGAGAGGAUAUAGCUUUAAUGAUCCAUAUCCUUAUUUGCUUUUGCCCAUAAAGUAAUCCUUUGAAUUUUAGCCUUCCUGUAAAUGUUUUAUGAAUACUAAUGAGCAUUUUUUAUUUAUUAGGCCAUUAAGAUCAGGCAGAGAUAAACGGUUGCUGCUUGUUUUGA